UUAUUCUUAUUGCCUGUUGCCUGGCAUUGUGUAAAGGGCUUUAUGGUACAAAAUUGUGGACAUUGACAUUGACUUUGUAGUUUAUAUGCACGGUUGUACAGAGAGCGCUCCUUUUAUUUUUCUCUUUGCUUUCACGGCUCUCAGUGACAUCCAUUUCCAGUUAAAUCCGACGAUUACAAAUUCUUAAAUAGUUUUGUAAAUAUUAUUUUUUAUGAUCCCGAAAACAAAAAUUUUAGGCGAUGGCUGUUUCAACGAACGUUGCUACGAUUAAAGCGCAGAGAUACUUAAAUGCACCAUUGGUAGAACGAUGUAAAAAUCUAGCGGAACUGAUAGACGAGUCAAGUACCACUGAACUACAACUUGUUUUUCCUCUACUGAUAGAUUCUUUAUUUGGAAUAACGGAUAAUGUUGGAUGGGGUUUACGUAAUGUUACACUUCAGGAAAAUCCACAGGCAUAUGAAGCUUUGUGUAAUUUUCUUAGACCUCAAGGACCAAUGUUCUCCUUGUGUUAUAAAUUACUUCCAGACUGUUACUUGAAAUAUAAUUUUCCAGUGUCAUAUCUUCCAGCAAAAAUACGUUCCUUAUUAGAAGAAGCUGUGAUAUCACCAUUUUAUCUUGACAAAAUCAAAGACGAUCAAGGAACACGUGUUCCAUCAGUUUUAUCCAUGAAUCCCUUUGAGUAUUAUAUUUUUCAUUUUGCAUAUCAUUUGACUAAUCCCUGGUUGCAACUUCAGCAACGAGAAAAUAUAUGGGUAAAUUGGGAGACUGUGUAUGUUCAAUUAGCACAUUGUUAUUUAUACCAUUUUCUCCCAAGAGAUAAUUCUGUGGUUCUACCAGUGAUUGGACCAUAUGUUAAAAAAACUCCUCCAAGAAAAUUGACUCAAUCACCAGAAUACAAAAGAGAUUGUCAUAGAUUGCAAACUCCGAGACUUUUGAGAACAUCCAUAUUAUCACCAGGAUCAAUGAGUCCUGGGUCGGGCGUAUCGCAACAGCAAUGUUUACCUCAAGUAUGGAGAAGUGAAACAGUAGUACAGAUUUUUUUAGACUUCUGGUUGGAAUAUACAGAAGACGAACAGCUAACUUCUCCGUUAAAUACAUCUUUCAUGGCUUCGAUACCACGACGACAUAGUAUACAUUCUGGAGAACACAUACGCCUUGUAAGAGCAUUCAUAAAAACAUUGCAUGAAUUUACAAAUAGUGCUACAGGAGACAAAAGCGCAAUGGAUGAAUUAAAAAGAAUAAUUCUUCCUUCAGUUCAAGGAAAGAUAUAUACGUUCUUGCGAAAAGCUAUAUAUCAUUGGCCAUUGGACAGCUCAUUUAGAUUAAUAUUAGAAGCUUGGUUGAGUUUUGUUCAACCGUGGAGAUAUGUCCCAGGAAUAACGUAUACUAAAGAAGGUAAAGCGGAAGAAGAAGAAAGAGGCAAAAUUCACGACAUCGAUCGUUGGAUUGCUUUCGUUGCAAAUAAUCUGUUGGCAUAUACAGCUAUAUUUCAACAAUUGCUUCCACGAUUUAUGAGAACUGAUCUAGUAGCGCCCAAGAAUGCUUUAAUGUUAUUCAGAGUCACGAAAGUAUUUUCACAGCCGCAUUUAGCAAAAAUGAUAUCCGAAGUGGAGAGUUGUAUAGACGAAGUAGGCUUAAGCAAAGGCCGAUUAUCUACCAAUCAAUGGACGUCGAUUGUCAGACAACAAAUUCUGGAAUUGGAAGGUCCAACGUAUCAAUAUGUGCCUAUGUUCUCAUUAGCCAUCACAUCUCAGAUUGUAUGGUUUUUGAGCACUAUCAAGCAAGCGCAUUUAACGGCAACCAGUUUAGUCGAAGCUCUGGAGAACAGAAGGAAAGGAAGGCGUUUACUGUUGUCUUUAUGGGAGUUCUUUUAUUGCGACGUUGAUUCCUCUAACGAUAUUGGUAUAGAAGAACGACGACGCGUGCCAGUGCUUUUGGCUAUUGCUCAACAACAAUUGAUAGAUAUAUUUCAAAUCAAACUCGAAGAUAUUCCGCAAGUCGCUAUAGUGGCGGAUCAAGAAUAUCAUGAUAGCAUUUUAUCGACUUCUUUCUGCCAUCAAUCACAGAUGGAACCCAAUCUUGAUUCGAGUAAACCAGGCGUUUUUGUACCACUGCAAGAAGGUAGACAGACAUGCCGAUACAUCGAAUACAUGGGCGACCCGGAGUUGCAGCCGGUGCGGUCGUACGAAUGUACUUUUCUUGUUAGAAAUUUCUACAAGUUGUGCUGCUACAUCAAUCUCAAGUAUCGGCACGAAAUAAUCGCGCUGUAUAAUAAACGGAGCUUCUUUGGUACUGUUUGUCGGCAACUGAUCACGCCGCCUACCACAGUCGUCAAGUUACCGAAACGAACGCCGAACGGAUUCACCAGCGGUUGCGAGGAACGAUUGGCGCCUCGAUUAAGUUUACGACCUCUGGCCAAUUAUACUUUUCUCAUGAGUGUGUCGUUUGGUAUAUUUGUAACAUGGAUGUUCAAUUAUAAUCCGCUCGCAUUUCUGGGAUUCGCAUUCUGGGUAUGGAUUAUGUAUAUAAUCAUGCGCGCGAUUUUGCAGCACUAUUUUCUAUCAAGUAUCUCAAGAACGAAUAUAGAUGCAUUCCCCAUUAACCGAUAAUAAUUUCGGUUUCUGAAAUUAAUGACUAAGUUAUAAUUUUCAUAACUUUAUAAGCUAAACAAUUAUAAACAAUUAUGAAUUAUUACUCCGAAAAAGUGUUUAUACCAAGUUUAUAACAAUAUGACGCAGAAAAAAUAUUCAUGUUUGCUAUAAA